GAAGAAAACAGAGCAAGAAAAAGUGUAGAAAACCUUAAUUUAAGACACUGAGAAUUAUGGAUUUUACCGAAGCGGACUAAAACAAGAGUUGAGCUUGUUUUAUGUCACUGUUUUGAUAUGUUGCUUUUUAUAUAACGGCCUUUUUUUGGACGUUGCGACCAAUGAAUGUCCCUUUGUGAAGUAGCAUUGAGCACCAGUCAUUUGUUGAACUUGGCUCUCUGCUGAAGAUGAAUGCUCUGGUUGCUCUCUGUCACUUCUGUGAGCUCCAUGGCCCUCGCACCUUGUUUUGCACUGAGGCACUGCACCCUCCAUCCCCGUCCCCUUCAUCCCAGGCAGGUGCCCCUGUGCCUGGAGACAGGGACCGAGAUGGUGACCGGGAAGGUGAAGGGCUGACCAUGAGGGCCAACAGCUCGGCCUCACAGAGAGGAGAAAUGUGUGAGGGAUGUCGAUCUCUUCCUGCAUCUCACCCAGGCUUUGUGAGCAUCGAUGAUGAAACAGGCAUACGCUUCCUGAGCCACCAGCAUCCCAGACAGCCACAGCUAUUCAGCGUGGUCCGCCAGGCUUGCGUGCGCAGCCUCAGCUGUGAGGUAAACAGUGACGUGUGUCCCGGUCGUGAAGGGCCUAUUUUCUUUGGAGAUGAGCAGCACGGUUUUGUGUUCUCACACACCUUCUUUAUCAAAGACAGCCUGGCCAGAGGUUUCCAGCGCUGGUACAGUAUUGUCAUGGUAGCAAUGGACAGGAUCUACCUUAUCAACUCCUGGCCUUUCCUGUUACGCCACCUUAGACUCACGAUACAGAGCCUGCAAAGCACAGCCCUCAAGGUGUUUGACAGUGAACAAGGAGUUUGUCCCCAGCGAGCAGCGAGGAUGAACAGUGUCUUCUCACCUGCAGUUUUCCCACACCAAAGGAGUGGCAACGCAGCCCGAUCACUGACCUCUCUUACCCAGCAUCCCAACCUCUGGGCCAGCCUGCACUCCUCCUUUAGCUGGCUGCUGAAAGCUUGUGGUAGCCGACUGACAGAGAAACUGCUGGAGGGAGCCCCCACUGAGGACACGCUGGUGCUCAUAGAGAGACAGACAGAGCAAGAGGAGGAAAUGAGCUGCUGGGAGGGAGCAGAAGGAGGCGGCUCUACGUCACAGCGACACCAAUCAGAGAGUGAGCUGGGCCCUGACUUCCUGUGUGAUGAUGACGCAAAAUUAAAUGACUUACCCGGCCCAAAAUUUAGGUCCCUGAGGCAUUUGAGACAGGUCCUCGGGGCUGCUGAGUUUCGUCAGCUAGUGUGGCACGUGCUCAUGGGAAAUCAGGUCAUAUGGAGAGGCGCAGACCCCGGGCUCAUCCAGUCAGCUUUUACAGUGCUCAAGUCUCUGCUCCCAGUAGGCUGUGUGCGUUCUGUGCCAUACAGUGCUCAGUAUGAGGAGGCCUACAAGUGCAACUUCCUGGGUCUGAGCCCAGAUGUGCCAAUUCCAAUGCACGUCAGCUCCUCAGAGUUUUCAGUGUUGGUGGACGUCAGUUCAGAGAGGAGCUGUCAGAGCGCGGCAGUUGGUGAAGACGAUAUCUCCUCACUUUAUCAGUUCACCAUCAGCAGUGCCAACACACAGCCCACAGACAGGGGUCCCACGUUAUUGAACAAGCUGGAAGUGGCUCUGUCUAAUGAGAACUUGUCUGUGGACGUUGUGUCUCACUGCCUGCUGUGUCUGAAGGAAGAGUGGAUGAAUAAAGUCAAAGUGCUCUUCAAGUUCUCCAAAGUGGACGGCAGAGGGAGGGAGGACACCCAGAAGGUUCUGGCCCUCCUUGGCGCCACAGGGCCGGGUGAGGAGGACAACGUCAGGCUGCUAAAGUUCUGGAUGACUGGACUCAGCAAAACCUACAAGAGUCAUUUAAUGACAGCCGUCCGAGGAGGGGAGAGGAGCCCCAGCCAGUGACAAAGAGGAGGAGGAGGAGGAGGUAGAGGGGGUGAAGUAAAUGGAGCUGAAAAGAGGGGAUAAUACUACUGAAGGGAAAGUGAAAGCAAGAAUUCUUUCAUUAUGAGUUUUGUGAACACUUUGGGACUUUUAGUGGAAUGAAAGAGGAAUGUCAAUAGAUGACAGAAAUGCUUUGGCUCAUCCAUUAUUGUCUUUUUAAGUAAUGAGAAAUGUACUGUUCCUAACCCUGAUUAUUAUCCAGCACAGAUUAACACAUACGGUCAGUUUGGAUAAUGCAUGAGGGCUUUUGUUUGUCAAAGGGAAUUAUGGUUCAUACUGAUAUGUGGAGUUUAACUUAUUACAAACAGACUUUGCACUUUGUUUACUCGUUUUAUGAUGUUUUAAAAUGAAAGAAAUUAAUAUAAUCACUUA